GUUACACAAGUGUCUAUAUAAAAAGACUUGUUUUUAUUCAGUCUGUUUUUUUUUUCAACCUAUACAAAAUGAAUCACUAUCAAACCCUCGGUAUUACUACAGAAGAAUAUGAGGCACUACAAGAAGCUUUUCAGCUAUAUGACAUCAAGAAACAAGGCUACAUCAGUACAGACCAGUUCUCUCACAUCCUUGUCAGUCUUGGUAUUGUAAACCAACAACAGCAGAUUGUCCAUAUCAUUGAAUCUGCUGAUAUCAACCAUGAUUACAAGAUUGACUUUCAUGAAUUCGUUUUGGCCAUGUAUCGCUUUCUUCCACACCGUCAAGAAGAAGAAGAGGAAGAAGAACAAGACUCUAGUUUCAACAUCAUUUCUGAAAAAAGUGUGUCUGAUGAAGAAGUCAUGACCUGGUUUCGAUUUUUUGACCAAGAUCAUGAUGGCCGUAUCAGUCAAAAAGAACUUGAACAAGUGAUGCAACGCUUUGAUAUUUACCUUACACCUCAUGAAAUGAAAGAUAUGAUGAGAACAGCAGACAUUAACCGUGACGGAUUUGUUGAUUUCGAAGAAUUCAAACAAUUACUGCCUCCCUUAUAAACUUAGAUACCCCCCUCCUUUUCUGUAAAUACAUUAAAAAAAUUUUUU